UAAAGUAUAAGGUACAAGUUCCCAGAUUUCCGUCCGUCGUAACAAAAGACGAUCGUCGCUUGUUUAUCUUUUUGACUUUGUGCACUCGCUGCAGAGUAAGUAUUGACUGCUGACUGUGCAGCGAGGUACAAAAAUUUUACCCUCGGCUCAGUCCACAACCGGCCGCCGGCUGCACAGUAGUUGAAUGUUAAUACGGUGUUUACAGUCGAACUUUCCGUUUGCUAGGGCCAAUCGUUGUAUAUCAUUUGAAUACAUAUCUUGUAAUUGUGGGAAAACCAAUUAAGUGUUUGGUUGCUAUCAAAUAAAUUGCUAAAAAAUAAAAACAAUUGUAAAGUAUAUAACGUCGUUCCAACAAGAGGAAAAUGGCGGAGAAAAAGAAGGGACUGUCGCAAAUAUGUAGCGAGUUGGUGAACGAGGUGGAGGACGUGAUCCAGUGCCCGGUUUGCCUUGAGGCGAAGUCUAGUGUGGUGCAGUGCACCAUCGGCCAUCACGUUUGCGAAACGUGCAGAAGAAAAGUCCAAGAAUGCCCCACAUGCAAAAGUCCAUUUACGGCUACGAAAAGCUUCAUAAUCGAGCACUUGUCGAAAAUGGUUGCUAAAAUAAACUUGUCCAUUCGUGCCUUUAACGACGACAUUCCCGUGGAUACCACCAAAGAUUAUCGACAAUGCCUCAAAACAUUGCUGACUAGGCUGUCCGAGUUUUUAAACUAUCAGAAUGACGUUAUGCUGUACUUGAAGAGGUACUUGGAGAGGCCAUCUCCACAAGAUAAUAAUACAUUGCAAACAAAAAUCAAUUUUUUGGUGUGCGAAAUCAAAAAUAUAAAUGUCUACAUGAACGAGACUACAAAAAAACUGAUUGACCUUAAAGAGAAGUAAUUUUUCAAGACGUGACUCUUUUUUUCAUAAGUAUACAAUGAAUAAACGAUUUAUAGGUCUUAAGAAACCUAAAUAAAGUAAAACAAAAAACAAUUAUUAUAUUGUUUGUCAUGGGAAAAGUU